CCACAAUGCCACACUUCAAUGAAGACCGACGUGACGGAAAUGUUCAACAUCUUUGGUCCAAAGCGCAUGAGAAUUGUACAUUUCUUGGACUAUACUUUCACUUGUGCAGCUCAUCGACAUCAUAUUGUACGAGGAAAGACAGUCGGGACAGAUCAGAGGUACCCUAUUUGUGUUCUGUUCCUGGAUCCUCUUCUUCCAUCGGUCCAACAUAAUGACGUUUGCCCAAUCGGUAGUCUUGGGUUCAUGUGCCUUUAUCCUAGGGAUGGUCUUUGUGUGCCAAGUGGUGGAUAUUCCGUUACUCUAUAUGCCAGUAACAAAGCAAUCAAUCGAGAAUGGAUACACCUUCUACGAAAUGUGGUUCGAGUCUCCGGGAGCAGUCAAGGCUCUAUUUCACGUCGCUCUUGGUUUACCUCUUAUCGCCCUCAUUGUUAAAUUACAUGGCUGGACCGAAUCCGCAAUGUUCUUUGACGGGUCAUCGCUGGCUUUACACGUCGCGGUGAUCAUUCUCUACCUGACAGUUCAUAUUCCCUCUCUGCGGACAUUCCUCCCUGAAUCAAGCACCGUCACAUCCUUCUCUAUCCUCCCACCACCACCACCUCGCGAUACACCCCCUACAGAGGCCGAGAGGAUCGAAGCUCUUCGCGUGCUCUGUGCGGGCAAUGCGCUCGUCGGAGUUGUCACGGUCGGAAUCAUCAUCAUGCAACUCGGGCAAGAGUACGCCAGGAGACAGGAGGAAAAGGAACAGAGGGAGAUUGACCUAAGGAGCAAGAAGGAUAUCUAAAGUGUGAAAAGUGCAGAUAUGUGAUGAUCAAUGGAGUCCAAAAGUUCCUACGAGCUUGCUUGAUCCCCCAAAGCACAAGACCCACCCUCUGGGCUCUGAUUCUAAGCGAGCAUGUUUAGAGAUGCCUGCCUCGUGCUCAUGUCAUGGCGUCAAUGCAC